AUGGAGGCUACAAGCGUGUAUGGGAUCGCCGCUGGCGGCAUCUUCAUUGUCCUUGUGUCCGUCAGACUUAUUUCCCUUCUGUUAAGAUACACCAGUGUCGUGUCUGUGUGGAUUGCAAUUCACCUCAUCUACCCAUAUUUGCUUGGCCGUCAUAGGCUAGUCGGCCCUUGGACGCGAGUCAGUGUCAUUGGACAUCUGAUCUAUGUUGCCGCAAACGUCUUCGUGCUCUGUUUCCAACCUUCCACGAUCGCCAAUAUAGGCCACCGGGCUGGAAGAUUAUCGUUGAUCAAUAUGGCUGUCCUAUUUGCUGGCUCACCUCUUGUGUACCUUGCGGAUAUAAUAGGGGUAUCCCUGCGUGCUUCCCGACGCAUACACCGAGCCACGGCCUGGAUGUCCGGGAUGUUGUUAGCCUGCCAUGUUACUAUUAUGGUGAUAAUGGGUUGGGGAGAUUUUAAUAUCCAGAAGAUCGACAACAUCUUUGCAAUCAUUGGUGCUGGAGUUCUAGGAGCGAUUCUAUUCUGCUCUCUCCCCUUUCUUCGCUGCCAUGCAUACGAAGUCUUCCUAAGAGGUCAUCAAGGACUUGCGGGCUUGCUUCUCUAUGCUACCUGGCGACACUUAUCUUCUCAUCAUUCCACAUCCCGCCUCUUUCUUAUUAUUAUUUUUGGUGUGUUUCUGCUGAUGCUUGUACUCCAGGUGCUUCAUCUCCUCUAUCGAAACGGUAUAUUCUCAUCACGUGGCCGUCCACGGGCCCUGGUCGCUCGUCUCUCUAAUGAGGAUAAGAAAGAAAAAGGUGAUGAGAAAAAGGCCAACCAAGCAAAGAAGCAAAAGGCUACUAGACCCGUGAGCGUUCUUGUCAACCUCUCACGGCCCAUGAAGCUGGAUGCCGGACAAUAUAUCUAUCUGUCCUUACCCUCCUUAACAUUCUGGUCAUGGCUACAGAGCCAUCCGUUUACAGUUAUAUCCUGGUCCAAUCAAGAGCAGGAUACGUUGGAGCUAUUUAUACAGCCACGGCGUGGAUUCUCCGCAGACCUGCUUCGAGCUGCUGAGGGCGGCCCCGUCUCAUUUCCAGCAUAUAUCACUGGCCCUCAUGGCAUCAGCGAGCCGGUCGAUCAGUAUGAAAGUGUCUUAGCGAUCGCCACUGACUUUGGCGUUGCUGCCGUGAUUCCAUACUUUAGAAAGUUGAUCGAUAAUCGCAAUAAAUCUGUAGCACGCGCUCGUCGGUUACAUUUUGUUUGGCAGGUGCAAACACGAGACAUUGCAAUCGCAGGGCAGUCAUUGCUUAAUAGUCUGCUGGAGCAUGAUGAGGAUGAUACCCUACACAAGCGCUCCAUCCUUACCAUUUCUCUAUUCGUGAAGUCUGGUUCUUCCGCGGAGAACAUGCUAUUUCUGGGUGAUCAUAAGCGCGCCUUUAUACACUGCGAAGAACCAAACUAUCGCGAAAUAAUCGAGGCUGAAGCGUCAGGACAGCACAUAACUAGUCUCUCCAACAGUGAAGAAGCGCGGGGCGAAUCCCUUGUAAUGGUUUCUGCCACGGAUAAGUUACGUGAUGAGAUACGUUUCAUUGUUCGAGAUCACUUGGCAGACAGAAUGAGGUUGACGGAACUUGAGUACCAGCCGCUAUAG